AUUGAGAUCUCGCACGUGAUCAUCUCUAGGGUUAACUUAUGGGGGCAAAAUGGCGUGUGCAUGAAAGAGCCUUUACCGCUGUGAUUUCAUGCCUUUUCUAGUGGCGAUAGGUCAAUCCGAUCUAUGGAAAUGUGAUGUGCAGCAAAAGAUAUGAGUGUCCUGGUGCCAGAAACCCCCAGCCAUGUCCUGGCAGAAUUUGACUCCCUUGACCCUUUGCUGUCAGCCCUGCGCUUAGAUUCCAGCAGAUUGAAGUGUACAUGCCUGUCCGUGUCCAGGAGAUGGCUGGCUCUUGGGAGCUCGGGGGGAGGUUUGAACCUCAUCCAGAGGGACGGCUGGAAACAGAGGCUAUUCCUUAGCCACAAGGAGGGCGCCAUCUCCAGGGUCGCCUGCUGCCCCCACGAUGACGACUUUGUGGCUGUUGCCACCAGUCAGGGAAUCGUGGUCGUCUGGGAAUUGAACCAGGAACGUCGUGGGAAACCAGAAAGGAUCUAUGUCUCUUCUGAGCACAAGGGUCGCAAGGUGACCACCCUCUGCUGGGACUCUGCGGUACUGCGGGUGUUUGUCGGUGACCAUGUGGGCAAAGUGUCUGCCAUCAAGUUAAACUCUUCCAAGCAAGGAAAGGCUGCUUUUGUGAUGUUCCCGGUUCAGAUAAUCACCAGCGUUGACUCGCGCGUCGUGCAGUUGGAUUACACAGACGGCCGCCUGCUCAUCUCCUCCAUGACCCGCUCCUAUUUGUGUGACACUGAGAGGGAGAAGUUCUGGAAAAUUGGGAACAAGGAAAGAGAUGGGGAGUACGGGGCCUGUUUUUUCCCUGGAGGACGCAGCUCGGGGUUUCAGCAGCCACUCAUAUACUGCGCUCGUCCUGGAUCCAGGAUGUGGGAGGUGGACUAUGAAGGAGAAGUGCAAAGUACUCAUCAGUUCAAGCAGCUCCUGUCUGCAGCACCCCUGCCGAUCAUUAACAUGCGGUCGGACCCUCAGUACGAUGCUACCCCUGGUCCUCCUCAGUCUUUAGCUUUUGCUAAGCUCCUGUUCAUCAGUGAUCACAGCGUCCUGACGUGGACAGAGCGGGGGAUUUAUGUGUUCAUCCCUCAAAAUGUUCAGGUUCUGCUCUGGAGUCGAGUGAAAGGUAUCCAGGAUAUAUCCAUAUACAAGAAUGAGCUCUUCUGCCUCCACGUGGACGGGAAGAUCUCGCACCUCUCCCUGCUCCCUGUGGACAGAUGUGUGGAACGAAUAAUCAAACGCAACCUGUGGGGUUUAGCGGCCAAAGUCUGCCAAAUAUUUCCAAAUUCCAUCAUUACCAGCAAAGCCCGCAAGGCGUUACCUAUCGAUAAGCUGGAACACUUAAAGGCUCAGCUAGAUCUGGUGAUCCAACAAGACCUGAUCGCUCAGAUGGAGGAUGUUCUGUCCAGAGCGGAGCCCAUGGACUCUGCCUGCAGCAGCAGAAGGAGCAGCAUCUCGUCUCAUGAGAGCUUUAAUGUGUUGGACUGUGGGAUCUAUCGGGUGAUCAGCCGCAGGAACAGUCAGUCUGAUGAAGACUCUGGGUCGUUGCACAGUCAGACACUGUCGGAGGACGAGAGGCUGCGGGAGCUUUCUGUCCAUCCGGAUGAAGAACAGGCAGAGCUUGACACGGUUUCUCAUGCCUCUGUGAAUAUGGAGAGCGAUCGGAGCGAGCCCCUCCUACCAUUUACCAUCUCAUUACCAUUCCGCUCCACAUCACCCCUUGUGUCUCUCCAAGCAGUAAAAGAAAGUGUCUCCAGUUUUGUUCGAAAAACCACAGAGAAAAUUGGGACCCUUCAUAUGAGCCCUGAAAUCAGGAGAAAGCAGGAGCCCCCGGAAGAACGUCCCUUAGAAGUGUCUGCCGGUGGGGUGACCCAACCAGAGGAGGAGAAGUUUGAGGUGGAUGAUCUGCAGCCUCCAGAGCCCACGGCAGAAGAAAUCCUACUAGGCGAACUGAAAUCUGCAACUUUGGAGACCCUACAUAAAAGUCAAGAUCCUCAGGUGUUAUUUAACUUGGAAGCCAUGAGGAAGAUCUUAAGAGUUUGGCUUGGGCACCUGGAAAAAGCAUUAGGGUUGCGAGAUCAUCCCAACCGAUGCCCAAGCGAGUCUCCUCACGGCACCCUACAGUCAUCUGGAGAAGAAGGCGUCCUCCAUGUGGACACCACAGACGACCAAGAGAGCCUGGAGGAGAGGACCACAGUCCACCCAAAGCCACAGGAUCAUCUGGGCUUCCGACUUGAAGCCCCUUUCUUUCUAGAAGAGCCCCUACACAAGGAUGUGUCCGACCUCGCCAUGAUGUGCCUGGAGUUCAAAGCAUUUACUGAUCAGGCUCCUUCAGAGCUGGAUGCGAGUGCUUGUCACUUCAUACAGAACUACUUUUACCUCCUGGAACUUAAGAGAAUAAAACGCUGCAUUGUGCUCAAUUAUACAGAUUCCCCCGGGGUCUGGAGCACCUACAUGGAGGGGCUGAAAGAGCUGACAAGUUCAGGACCCGAGGCCCAGGCCAUAGAAAACGGGGAUCUGGUGAGGUCGAUAGAAGCGUUGAAUAAUAUGGAGCCUUGGGACAGCCCCUUGCUGCUGGCACACGUGUCCAGGAUUUAUGAAAAGUUUGGUGAAGCAGCGGCGAGGGCUCUCAUCAAGUUUUACCCGUCGGUGUUGCCCGCCGACGUCGUACGGAUCUGCGGCGACAACCCCGGACACUUCUUGGCAUAUCUGGAUAAUCUUGUCAAAUCAAAGCCUGAGGAACAGAGAUUAUCUCUGCUGCAGUCCCUUGUGCAGCCUGAAUCCUUAAAGCUGGACUGGCUCCUUCUGGCUCUUUCCCAUGAUGCACCGCACCCAUCCAACACCGUGGACCCUGAUGGAAACCCAAAGCCGCGGUCACACUUGUUCACCUGGGGAUACGGGCAGCUCAUAGCCCUAUUAAUUAAGCUGCCGUCCGACUUCACAACCAAGGAGAAGAUGUUGGAGAUUUGUAAGACAUUUGGAUAUUGGCCGGGUUAUAUCACACUUUGUUUGCAGCUGGAGAAAAGACUUGAAGCCCUGACUAACGUAGUCUGUCUCGAUGACAUGCAACUGAUUGAUGAGAAAAAUGGUUUAUUACCAGAGACAAUGGAAGAAUGGAAAUAUGUAAUGCACUUGGCCCAAAACCAUCACCAGCACAACAGCACCAUGAAUGGAGAGGCCUCAGGUGCUGGGUAUUCUGACUGGACCAAUUGCAUCACAGUGGAGAAUGUGGCGCUUCUCCUAGCAAAAGUGAUUGGUCCCGAUCGUGCACUGCCAUAUUUACAAGACUGGGGUGUGACUGAGAGAUUCUCUGACAGAUACUGCAAGAUCUGUGAUGUUAUGAGAGUGGCAGAGAAAAGACAGAGGGCUCUGAUUCAGUCUAUGCUGGAAAGAUGUGAGAGAUUUCUAUGGUCCCAGCAAGUGUAAUGACACCAGCUACAGUAACACAGUCCUGACAAUAAAUGGCAGCUGACUUUCUAAUGCUUCUUCUGGGGAUGACGUCAUGAAGCGUCCGUCUGACUGUUACUUAUAGAUGAGCAGGUUAUAUAACCCAUAUGCCAAGAGAUGCAUACUUCACUGUGCCUAUGGGGUUCACAUGGAACUAAAGACGACAUUACGGCCAAAAUGGAUCAUGUUAUCUUCAAGGCGACUGAGGAGCGGUGCAAGACACAUUGGACCCACAUUCCCUGAGCUAAUAAAUAGUAUUCAGCCGUUUCUCAUUUAUAUCAGCUUCUGGGAAAGCUGGGUCACUAGCACUAUAUAUCUUUUAGGGCUCAUGCACACGACCGUAGCCUGUUUGGCGGUCCACAAAUUGCAGAUCUGCAAAACACGGAUACCAGCUUUCUACGCCACGCAUUUUACAGAACGUCCGACCCAUAACGGAACAGUCCUAUCCCUGUCAAUAAUGUGAACAAGAAUAGUACACGUUCUAUAGUUUAGCGGGGCCACGUAACGGACAAACCGAUGCGACGGCACAAGGCCCCAUUGAAGUGUAUGGUUCUGCAUCCGACCUGCAAAAAACGUGGAUCAGAUGUGGACAAUAAAUACGUUUGUGUGCAUGAGCCCUAAUGGAGGAGGCCAGCGUUUGUUUUUCUUCCUGACACAGAGCUCCAAAUCCUCUGCUUUCCUUGGUACAGUCGGAUGAUCAAAUUUAGGCUGCCUGCAUCCACCACUAGAGGGAGCUCACUGAAGACCGGGUUGUUCUAUACAAUAAUAUAUCAAUUGUAUGCAGUAAGCUCCCCCUAUUGGUGGCUGGAGGCAGAGCGCAUCUUCGGCACCACAAGCCGGGACCUCAAGGUCCAUUCUCGUUAUUGGUACCUUUUGAAAGAAUUCUGUGUACAGAGCACAGCAAUAGGAUUUUUUAUGCAUGUGCUAAAUGUUCUUAAUGUGUCCAAUAAUAAUAAUGUGCAGUCACUGGAGGGCGUCUACGUGAACUGGCUGUGAUAUU